UACCGCUUGGGACCCCGCGGCAUCCACCCCCUGGCAUGUACACUGGAAUGCGAAGGAAAGCUGCCUUCUGCCAAAGCCUGGGAGACCUGCAAGGAGCUCCUGCAGCUGGCAAAGCUGGACCUUUCUGAGGAUGGCAGCAUGGCUCCAGGUGACAAGAAAGAGCUGGAUGAGAACCAUUUGCUUGCGAAGAAGUACGGAGGCUUCAUGAAAAGAUAUGGGGGAUUCAUGAAGAAAAUGGAUGAGCUCUAUCGGGUAGAACCGGAGGAUGAAGCUAAUGGAGGAGAAAUCCUGGCUAAGAGGUAUGGAGGGUUUAUGAAGAAGGACACAGAUGAUGAUGCCCUUGUGAAUUCCUCUGAUCUGCUGAAGGAGCUUCUAGGAACAGGGGAUAACCCUGAAGCAGGGCAUUACCGAGAGAUAAAUGAAAAUGACGGGGAUGUCAGCAAAAGAUACGGAGGCUUCAUGAGGAGCGUAAAACGCAGCCCUGAAUUGGAAGAUGAAGCCAAAGAGCUGCAAAAGAGAUAUGGUGGUUUCAUGAGAAGAGUGGGCAGGCCAGAGUGGUGGCUGGAUUACCAGAAACGAUAUGGUGGGUUUCUUAAGCGCUUUGCUGACUCCAUUCUUCCGUCAGAAGAAGAUGGGGAAACUUACUCCAAAGAGGUCCCAGAGAUGGAAAAGAGAUAUGGUGGAUUUAUGAGAUUUUAAUACCUUUCCCUUUAUCCCUUUUGUCCUAAAUGAGAAAGACUGCCUUAUUGGUCAUAACUUAUUGUAACGUGUUGCUUGUACUGUACAGUUUUUUACUGUCCUUGGUUAAUGAUGCAACCUGCAAUUUGUUGUUUCAGGUUCUGUGUUCUUUCAAGUCAAAUAACUAAUUUCUGUUUUAGUCAAGUUUUAGUCUGUAUUGUAGUUUCCAUGCUAGAACUAUUUUGAUUACUGUAUCCAUUUUCUUUAAAGAGGAAGUACAUUACAGUAGAGUUGCUUAAUUGUAUAUACAAUAAAUUCUUCAUCCUAACUGCAUAAA